CGUGUACCAUGUACCAUUCGUCCCGUCGCUUGCAGCGCUGCAGCGCGAUAUUCGCGAAGCCUUGCUGCAAAUUCUUGUCAACACAACUUCCUUGGCGGCUUUGGACUAUGGAUCCCUCGACUUGAUGAGCUCAAUGAGUCCCGUCCCAAAACGUCUGGAUCGAAACACAUACCUCUGCGCGGGUGGCAACCCGGUGUGCGGCGAAGUGCCUUCCGCCUUUAACUUUUCCAUUGGCCUCUCGCAGUUUGCCGGCGCCGAUACCGCAUGCUACUCGAGCUUCAACGAGUGGGUGUGGCCUUCACCGAUGCAAGCCAUCUUUAGCGUCAUUGGCUCUGGGAUCGCACUCGACCCGACGACAUUGAUUCCGGUAGCUUGUGCCGCCGAAGCCGUCGUGCCUUCCCAGUGCCUGGCAUUUCUCGAUAGUGUGUCGACCUUUGUCUCGAAAUACUUUACGGCAAAGUUCCUCGAAUCGUACCGAGCUCAAGC